ACAAAUUUUUGGAAGUUUGGAGGACUAUCACUUCAAACCAGUAUAUUCUAGACAUAAUUGAGCAUGGGGUUAAAAUUGAAUUUAUUAGUGUCCCAGUGUCAUCUUACCACCCAGUGAAGUUUUCACAAAAAGAUUGUAUAACUAUAAGUAAGGAAAUUCAACAACUUUUACAAAAGAAGGCAAUCCAGCAGGUACAAGCAACAAAUAACUGUUUUCUUUCAGGUAUAUUUAUUGUCCCUAAAAAAGAUGGUAGCUCAAGAAUGAUUAUCAACCUUAAACAGUUAAAUAGAUCUGUCAGAUAUCGCCAUUUUAAAAUGGAAACAUUGCAAGAUGUUUUAUGUCUUAUCAAACCAGGUGUUUGGAUGGGAAGUAUUGACUUAAAGGACGCAUACCACAGCAUCCCUUUUCAUAUUGACUUCCAAAAGUUCUUAGCUUUUUCUUGGGAUGGACAGUUUUACCAAUUUCUAGCUUUACCCUUUGGAUUUGGUCCAGCUGUUAGGAUCUUCACCAAAGUUCUUAAAGCACCCUUUAAAGUACUAAGAGGGGCAGGUCAUGUAUCUGUUGUAUAUAUAGAUGAUUCUUAUUUGCAAGGUGACACUUAUGAAUCAUGCCAAAGAAACAUUAUGGCAACUGUCUCACUUUUGAGCAGCUUAGGAUUUACUGUACAUCCAAACAAGUCAAUUCUUGUGCCUACCCAAUGUAUGGUGUUUUUAGGGUUUGUGUUAAACUCUGCUCAGAUGACAAUAGCCUUAAGCGAGGAAAGGGUCAUAAAAUUAAAGUGUCUAUGUAAGGACUUGCUGUACAUGCAUCACCCCACAGUUAGGUUUGUUUCCAGGGUUAUUGGAACAUUAGUUUCUGCCUUUGAUGCCGUGAAGUAUGGCAAGUUACAUUACAGGUCCUUGGAGACAGAUAAGAAUCUAGCACUCAAACUAGGCCAUGGAAAUUUUGAUUCAAAGGUUUUUAUUUCAGAGUUUUCUAUUAAGGAUUUACAGUGGUGGCUCACAAUGGCUCAGUUUACCAGACCUAUACAAUUGCCUAAAAUUGAUCUUAUUUUAUCCUCUGAUGCUAGUCUUCAAGGAUGGGGUGGCACUGACGGAAACUCUCAAAUAGGGGGGCGUUGGUCUGAAGGAGAAUUACCUGAGCAUAUCAAUACUUUAGAGUUGUUGGCUGCAUUUUUUACACUCAAAGCCUUCUUGAAAAUAAGACAUUUUAGACAUGUUCAGUUAAGAUUGGAUAACACCACAGCUGUGGCCUACAUAACAAAGAUGGGGGGCCUUCACUCCAUUGGUUGUAAUAAAUUGGCUGUUGAAAUAUGGGAAUUUGCUAGAACAUGUGAUGUUUGGUUAUCAGCCUGUCAUAUACCUGGUGUAUUAAAUACUAUAGCUGAUUAUAAAUCAAGACAAUUUCAGGAUAACAUUGAAUGGUCCUUGAAUGUAAAACAAUUUAACAUAAUUUCCGACAUUUUUUGGAAAUUUGAUAUUGACCUUUUUGCAUCCAGACUCAAUGCAAAAUGUGAGGAUUAUUUUUCUUUAAGACCUGAUCCAGAUGCUAAAGCUGUAAAUGCCUUCGCUCAGACCUGGUCGAAUUUAAACUUUUAUGCCUUCCCACCAUUUAAUUUGAUUGGAAAAGUUCUUGCAAAGAUAAAUAUAGAUCAAGCCACAGGCAUUCUUGUAGUACCUUUCUGGUCUUCGCAGCCUUGGUUUCCUCAAGCAAUUAAUAUGUUAUACAGGACACCUGUGUUAUUUCCUCCUUCAUCUAGAUUAUUGUUUCUACCGGGAACAAAAAGACAACAUCCUCUACACCAAACCUUGUCGCUGCUCAUGCUGCCUGUCUCCGGGAAUCGUUACAAGGUAAAGAGCUUCCAUCAGACACUGUCGAUAUCAUUGCAGCAUCAUGGAGAGAAGGUACCCAGAAACAAUACUCGGGUCCAAUCAGACGAUGGAUACAAUAUUGCACUGGGAGGUCGAUUGAUCCCUAUCAUCCAAAUGUGAAAGAUGUGUUAAUACACCUUACUGAAUUAUUCAAAGAGAUGUUAUUGGUAGUGUGACAAGUCUUCAUGAUCUUGGUGCCUCGCUCUUGGACUCAGUUAUGGAAGCGACAAGUCAUGAAUCUUAGUUUGCGUUCUUUUUAACAUUUACAUACUGAUUGUAACAUUAUAUUGUUUAAAGAAGUUUGCUCAGUUAUUCAAA